AUGCCACCCAAGAGAGGACAAAACUACACAGAGAGAGUUAACAAACGACGUCGUGCCGCUGACAGCAGUGCCACUACAGACUCGGUGAUGCAGCCACAUCCAUCACGGCUUCAGCCAGUCCAGUUGCAGGAACCUUCAAACGCUGCCCGGGCAACCCCACAGCUUACCCUUUCAGCAGAAGUAUUGGCAGCGCUGACAAAUUCCAUCUCAGCAGCAGUAUCAGAAGCACUGUUGACUGUUGCACAGCCCCUGCAACCUGCAACAACGGCAGCAGCAACGGCAUUCCCAGUCGCCCAUCCUUCAACAUCUGCAGCAGCGGCAGCAGUCCCGGAGGUGCAGUUUGUUCCCGAUCCCAUUUCAAUUUCAAGUGCAGAGGUGGUGAACAGAGAUUCAAGCGUUGUAGAAGCAAACCCCACCACUCCCAAUGCUGACCAGUCGCUCCUCAACACGGUCAACAAUGCAGUGCAGCAAGUGACAAGCUCCUUACUACCUAGUGCAGCACCUCAAAGUAAGAACACUUUUUUGUCAACUGCAGUGCCACUAACCCAUCGUGUACCCGAUAAGGUCAAAAAAACAAAUAUGGUCCAACGAGUAUGUGGACUUUGCACUACUGUUGAAUAAUAGCUUUACUCACUCCGAUGAUCAUUAUACCUUCAGGGUAGAGAAAGGUGAUGGUGGCAAGCCAGCUUUAGUUUUAGCACCUAAUCCUAAGCGGCAGACUGUUCAAUCAAUUGAGCAGUGGGUCUCGGCCUUUCAGGUGUUUGUCGCCAUCUAUUCAGAAAAAGCCCCUUACGACACCCCGGCCCUCAUGAAGUAUGGGUCUGUCAUCCGAGAGUUAGCCUCUCAGGGAGCCAAUUGGAGGUUCUAUGAUGAGAAUUUCCGUAGCAUUAGGCAGACAGGGGGGGCCCCUUGGGACCAAAUUCACUCUGAGCUAUGGCUUAGGUCUCAUUCCUUUCGUCCCAAACUUAGUACCCAGCCGGGAAAAAGUAAACAACAGGGAUCAUUUAUCCCAAAGGGAUUUUGUUGGAAGUUUCACAGGGGGAUUACAUGUCCAGGAUGCUCUUACAAGCACCAGUGUUUCCGGUGUGGAAACAGCCACCCAAUUUCCAAAUGCCAACAAGCCGCCAAACAGCCAGCUGGAAAUGCGGGGCCCAAAACAACAUCUUUUACCAGCCAGGGCACUCUCAACCGCACCCCUUCAAUCCGAAGCACUCCCAACUCCAGUCAAAGCUAAGAGUUUAGCAAAAUACUUAUCAGGUUACCCAGAAAAGUUGUGUAAUCAUUUGUUAAAGGGUUUUUUACAUGGUUUCCGUUUACAUUAUUAUGGCCCCUUAGAGAGCAGUUUUUCCAAUAAUCUUGUGUCAGCAUCUGAGCACCCAGAUCGGGUUGAUCAAAAGUUAACUAAAGAGAUCCAAGAAGGUCGUAUAGUGGGACCUUUUGCAGAGCCCCCACUGCCUAACCUUCGAAUAUCUCCCUUGGGGGUCAUCCCCAAGAAAGUGCAAGGUGAAUUUAGGAUGAUCCACCAUCUUUCCUUCCCCUUUGGUGCGUCAGUUAAUGAUUUUAUUCCGCAAGAGUUUUGUUCAGUACACUAUGCUAAGGUCGAUGAUGCAAUUCGGUUUAUCAAACGUUUAGGCAGAGGUUGUACUCUUGCUAAGACGGAUGUUCGGAGUGCUUUCCGCAUUAUCCCAAUACACCCUUUAGACUAUCACUUACUGGGAAUGCAAUGGGAAGGGAACUAUUAUGUUGACCGCUGCCUCCCCAUGGGUUGUGCUAGUUCCUGCAAGACCUUUGAGGCCCUUAGUACCGCAAUGGAGUGGGUAGCUCGCAACAAAUUAGCGAUACCUAACAUCUUACAUAUUUUGGAUGACUUUUUGAUUCUUGAAAAAUCCCACGAAGCUUGUGAUGCUAGCCUUCAAAGGUUUUUGCAUUUUUGUGACGACAUUGGUGUUCCCAUGGCUCCCGAUAAAACGGAAGGCCCUAGUCCGGUAUUAACUUUUGCAGGCAUUGAAUUAGAUUGUUUAGAGAUGGAGGCCAGGCUUCCGAAAGAAAAAGUUGACAAAACCCUAAACGCAAUUCGCUGUCUUCUACCCAGGAAAAGAGUACAACUGAAGGAGCUCCGAUCCCUUGUAGGUCUGCUGAAUUUUGCCUGCUCGGUAAUUACUUCGGGUCGAGUUUUUAUUAGGCGCCUAAUAAAUCUCACUGUUGGAGUCAAACGUGCUCACCACAGAAUUCGGUUAACUUUGGAAACGAAAAAGGAUUUAAGAAUCUGGGAAACUUUCUUAGAAUCCUUCAAUGGAAAGUAUUUUUUCUUAGAAGAAGCCUGGUCAACCUCUCAUAACUUGCAAUUUUUCACUGAUUCUGCACAGUCUAGUGGGUAUGGAAUUGUUUUUGGCAAGCAUUGGGCUUACGGUACAUGGCCAGACGCAUGGAAGGCACAGAAUAUUUGUUUUCUUGAAUUUUUUCCUAUUGUCGUAGCCCUCAGUACAUGGUCUAGUGAACUGAGAAACAAGAGGGUGCUCUUUUUUACCGACAAUGAGAGUGUAGUACAUGUUAUCAAUAAGCAAACAACGAAGGACACUAAGAUGCUAGCAUUGUUGCGUACAAUGGUUCUGAUUUGCUUGAGAAACAAUAUCUUCUUUAGGGCGCGUCAUAUUCAAGGAGUUAAGAAUGUGUUCGCUGAUAGUUUAUCUCGCUUACAGGUCGACAAAUUCCGCACAGUGUCGCAGGGCAUGGACCCAACACCAACCCCGCUGCCAUCAUAUCUUCUACCAGAGAACUGGGAGAUAGGCUAGCCAAGCUAUUAGAAGUUAGUCUGGGCACAACAUCUUUAACUGUGUACCGUCGCCCCUGGCAGAUGUUGCAAAAAUUUAUUAGGGAUCGCCUAGGGCUCCAAAUUCAGCUGUUCCCCCUUUCAGCACAUACUUUAGCCCUGUUUAUUGCCUUUUUAGCUGAGAAAAACUAUGCAGCCUCCACCGUCUCUAGUUACAUUUCUGCACUAAGUUUCCCCCAUCGUUUAGCUUCUGUGCCUGAUCCCACUAAGUCGGAAAUGAUCAGACUUGCAUUGCGGGGUUACAGUAAAAUGAACCCUUCAAGAGAUACUCGGUUGCCCAUUUCAUUACCCAUACUCGAAAAUAUCAUUUUGGCCUGCGAACACACAAAAUCAUCUCUGUAUAGCAAAAAAUUAACUCAGGCAAUGUAUGCUCUUGCCUUCUUUGCUGCCCUUAGAGUUGGUGAAAUAACUUAUCGGGGCAAUCUACCUGGUCAAAAUAUCAUUAGUAUCGGUCAAAUUGCCUUUAUGGAAACCAGGGAGGGCACUGUCACAGCACUAAAGCUAACGUUAAGGAACUACAAGCAUAGCGACUCUUCGAGCCCAGUAGAUAUUUUCAUUUACCGAGAGAGACCAGUUUGCCCGGUCUAUCUCCUGUCAGAGUAUAUAAAUAUUCGGGGACAAUUUCCGGGGCCUCUUUUCUGCUGGCCAGAUGCCUCUCCAAUAACUCGAUCCUUUUUUGUGACAGCAUUAAAGGAAGACCUGCAAUUUUGUGACUUGGAUAUUUCACACUAUAAGACUCAUAGCUUUAGGAUCGGUGCUGCUUCCUGGGCGGCAGCAAAGGGUAUGUCAGAUACACAGAUCAGGGAUUUUGGUCGCUGGAAAUCAAAUGCAUUUUUGCGAUAUAUUCGAACCUCCACAAUGGGGUCUCAGUCAGCCUUCCAAGCGUAA